GCAAACAGAGUAAACCGCUGCAACGUAAGGAAGUGAACAUCAUAGAUACGCCCAAGAAAAGAACAAGUGUAAAUGAUAGUGGGCUGACCUCUUUUCCUGCCAGCUCUCCGAAACAAAACUACAACCACCUCAUGCCGACGAUGAAAAUAUGGCAGCUGGAAGAGCAAGGUCCUUCAAUCGUGUUGGGAGUCUCAUGCGGAGCAAAUCUGAGGGAACACUGAUUGAUCUGGAUGACAAGGCCUCAACCAGUGACAACCUUAAUGGUGUGUGUGUGACCCCGAACUCCGAGUGGCCACUUAUACAACCGGAAGUUGCAAGUCCAUCUCAGUCACAAAAUCCCUUUUGGAACAAACUCUCUAGAUCAAAUCCUUUCUUAGAUGACAUUGUACACAGCAGCACAGACAAACACAUCUACAACACAUCAAAUGUAAAACAAGACAAUGAAAAACAUUUGGACUCAAAUGAUGACGACGCCAUAAGCACAUCUUCAGAUGAAGGCAAUGUGGGGAAGUUUUUGGAAAAGAAACAAAAAGUCAGGAACAAAUCUGGGAGAUGGAGAAGCGCUUCCGACAUCCUGGAAGAUCUGGACAAAAAAGUGCCGAAACGGGAGAACAGCUUCAAACCACCGGGGACGGUGCUAAACCCAGAUUUUGAGUGGCUAAAGAAUGACAGAGAGGCCUACAAAAUGGCCUGGCUGAGCCACAGGCAGCUCACUCGCUCAUGUCUGGACUUAAAUCUGAUGAGCCAGAGUCCAGGGUGGGCUCAGACACAGGCCACGGACUUUCAGGUUAUCUGCAAGAUCGGCCACACUGGAGGCUCGGUGCAGUUGCCUGGCUCGGAUAUUAGCAUCCAUAUCCCAGAAGGUCAUGUUCCCCCUGGAGAAGUCCAGGAAGUUACACUUAAGGCACUGCUAAACCCUCCUCCUGGACUCAAUAACAACUAUGUGACAACCAUGAGUCCACUUCUAGAGGUUGUGCUCAGCAACAUCAACAUGAAGGAGUGCAUCUCUCUGGAGAUGAAACUGUCUGGAGAGGUGAAGAGCGACCCUUUGAGUCAGGUGAUGACUACUGUGGUCGGACUGGUGUCCCACAAAAAAGAGGGACCUUAUCUUAAAGUGAGCGACUGUUACAUUUAUAAAGAGAUGUUACAGAUGAAGUUGCAGGACCUAAAGACUCAUUUUUAUGUGAUAGCGGUGGCGGAGGCAUCUGCAAUCCAGUCUCCUGCUAAAUCAGUGUGGGAUUACCUUCAUCGCCAAAUCACAUUAGCAGUUUACGGUCCCAGGUACAUCCAUCCGUCAUUUAAGGUUGUAAUAGUAGUUUGCGGUCAUGAGGAUGUCCCUCCAAGGCUUCCGUUUGCAGUUACCUUCAGAGGAAACAAAAACGUGCCUCCACUUGUGCUGCAGCUUUGGGGAAAACAUGGGUUUAAACCUGACAAACUGAACAACCUGCAUGUUGCUAUUAGCAUCACAAACUCGAUUUUUAAAAUCAAACCUGAGGACCAACUGAAAGAAGUGAGAGAAAGUCAGCUCAAAAUAGGAACAGUUUUGCACCUGCCAGUUGCAUUGUCUUGUGCUAGUAACACAGAAAUGACUCCUUUUAAAUUAGAUCUACAAGUGCAGGACUCUAACGCUGCAGCUGUGGCUCAUUUCGACGUGCCUUCCCCCCCAGCAGCACCCAUCAGGUCAGAAAAACGAGCUCCGAGGCUCAUAGAAAAGCAAACUGAAGUGGUGAGAAGCACUUCCAUUGCUGAGGAAAAUGUUCCAGAUUUGAACAAAUUCACAGACAGACCUGUGAAGCUACAGUGGUACGGUGUCGCCCUGAAGACAGUUUUCCGCCAGCCACGUGUAGACUACCUUCUGGAGUAUUUCAAGGGGGACACGGUGGCUCUCCUAUCCAAAGACACGGUGAGGUCAGUGGGUAACUCGAAAGCAAAGGAAUGGUAUAUCGGAUUCCUCCGAGGCAGGAUUGGUUUGGUUCACUGCAAAAACGUUAAGCUCAUAACCAGGGACCAGGUGAUGGACUUCACUGGCAUUCAAAUCACCACAGAGGUCCUCUUGGACAACAUGACACUGCCCUUCAAGAAGCUUACCUACAUGUACUCAGCCAUCCAGACACUGGUCACCGAGCACAUAACCAGCUGGAGAGGGUUCUCCGAUGCUUUGGGGUACAGCAAACUGUCUCUGGACACCAUAAUACGGACGCACGCUGAAUCUGAGGUGGAUAAAGUGGCCUGCGUGCUGGAAAAACUGAAGGAAGACUGCCACGCUGAGAAGACCAAGAAGAAGUUUCUGCAUGAGCUCUUGGUGGCUCUGUUGAAGAUGGACUCUGUGAAUCUCGUGGCGCAGGUGAUUCAGAAAACAGUAAUUUUGUCCACCGCUGUCGAGCUGGGAGUCCGAUGGAGGGAGCUCGCUGAAAAGAUGGGGAAACUCUCCAGCUCUCAGAUAGCGGGCUAUGAGACACCGCACCGAGGGAAGAGCGGAGAAGUUGGGGCCCAGUCCAUGUGGAAGCCCGCGUAUGACUUCCUGUACUCCUGGAGUCUGAGGUACGGAGACAGCUACAGGGACAUGAUCCAGGAUCUGCACCUGGCGCUGGACAAAAUGAAAAACCCUGCCACCAGACAGUGGAGGCAGCUGACUGGAGCCCUUAUCACGGCAAACUGCCUCGAUAUCUUACGCGUCUCCGCAUACCCCAAUUCCUAAACUUUACACUUUACUUUAGUGAGGACAUUAACUCCUAGGCACUUGGGAAAUACAGAGAAGUUUUGUUACACAGAAAUUAGGUUUUGAUGUUUUCUAUUGUACUUUGCUCUUUUUUUGCUACUUUAUUUAAAUUCAAUAAGGUACUUGCACUAAAUAUUUGGAUGUCACCCUUCAUCAUGAAAAGAGAUGAAAAUGAAGUGCUAACGUGAAAGUUAAUUAUAGUUUAUCAUCUAAAGUCAAAUGCUAUGAGGUCAGUACUUCCACACUGACAUCAGCUGGGUGUCAAUAAUAGGUGUUGGAAUUUGUUUUGAGAAUGUAUUCCUUUUCCUUUUCUAAAGUAAGCUAAAAUUACCCAAUACAUUACCAUAACACUGUUAAUGCAAAGUGUGUCACAUGAAGAGAAGGUCAAAUGCUAUAUAUGUAUCUAAUUCUUAAUCUACACUGCUUAAAUCAUUGACUGUGUUUAGGUUUUUUUUUUUAAAGAAAGGGUUCCACAAUAUUUAAUGGAUUGUGUAAAGGUUUGUAUCAAAGGGAUUUUAAAUGUUAAGUUUUCUGUAAUAUGUUGUAAGUAGUUAAUAGUAUAAUAAUGUGAACACUGUUGCUAACUAACAAUCUCAAAGGUUGCACUACAGACUGUAUAAUGCUCUUUAUUGGAGUUUGUGUGCCCACAGUAUAAAAGUCUAUGGUCUACCAAAGGGAAAAUGUCCUGAUGCCAGUGAACAAACCAUGCAGAUGCUACUAUACAAGUGUCAUUGACUAUUGUUAGAAAUAUUAAUGUAUGUUCUAUUUUUUAUACUGUGAUGUUUGAGAUAUGCUCAAAGUGGAUCAUUUCAUAAGCUAUACAAUGUUUGUAUGAUCAGGUUCUCAUUGUGAAAUGGAAACUUUAUUGUUCAGAGUGGUGCCAUACACAAUACACAGGGCCUCAGUCUGUGACAUGUUUAACAAUGAUUGAUAUCUUUGACACUGAAAUGGAGGUAAGUUGCAUAGGAUAAAAAUAAAUAUAAAAUAAACCACAUUUGUUUUCUAAAUGAGGGAUUGCUUAUUUUACA